AUGGCGAAAACUAGCGUUACUACAAAAGAAAUCCCUUUAGCGGUCAGUGGAGGAGUAUCAUAUAUUUUGCAUGGAUUGACAGCAAACAAUGUCACCAAAUCAGUAUCAGCUAUAAGGGACAAUACUUCAAAGAAUGUGACUAAAAGUGAACCGUUCCAGAAUAACAGCCAGAUAGACAAGGACAUGAGACUGGAACAGUUGCAUGAACUAACAGAGGAGGACGUACUAAAAGAAGAACAAGAUAAGAAACAUCAAGAGGAAGAGCAACAGACAAAAUCGCUUCAGGAGGUGCAACAACAAAAGGAACAGCUGCAAAUUGCAGAAAAAAAACAGAGCCUAGAGGAAAAGGAUGAAAAAAAUCCAGCUCAGGAAGAGGAAGAGCAGGAGCAGAAAGAAGAGCUACACAAUGAACAGAAUCAGAAAGAAGCAGAACAGAAGACAAAUGGGGCGAUUGAGUUAGCACAACAACCGCAAACAUGCAAACUGAAAUACAACAUUGCAUUGUUGAAAAUGCAUAAAUGUAGUAGCAGUACGGUUCAAAAUAUCUUACUACGGUUCUCAGAAAAGCACGAUUUGACUGUUAUCAUGCCACCACGUGGAAAUUAUCUUGGAUAUCCAUCGCCUUUCAAUAAAAAAUUCAUGAUUCAAGUGCCCUGGAAUGAGUAUAAUAUAUAUACGUAUCAUUCUAGAUUUAGCUACAAAGGUAUAUCAGAGGUUAUGCCAAAGGACACAGUCUACAUGACUGUACUUCGUGAUCCAGUACCAAUGUACGAAUCUUCAUUUACAUACUUUCGGAUAGGAGGGCGUUAUGGCUUAAAAGGAUCUAAUGCUCUGGAACAGUUUCUCAUGAACCCAGACGGCUAUUUCAAAUCUAAUUCAAACAAAGGGCGUGUGAAGAACCCGAUGUUGUAUGAUUUGGGUUUUGACCCAGAAAAUAUGUACAGUAUGGAUAAAAUUGACAAGAAAAUACAAGAGAUUGACAGCAUAUUUAAAAUUGUGUUGAUCUCUGAAUAUUUUGAAGAAUCUUUAAUAUUAUUGAAAGAAAUUAUGUGUUGGGACAUGGAAGAUAUUGUUGUACUUCAAACUGAACUCACGGAGUGCAAACUCUGUACAUAAAGUCUCAUCAGAUUCAGCAAAGAAGAUUCGUGAAUUCAACGCUGGGGAUGUCAAACUGUAUAAUAUUUUAAUGAUUCUCUACA